AGCUCAAGGGAAGUCCUAGAACAUUCAUUACUGUGACGCGCUUUGAUGGAGUUAGGCAAUACUAUCCCUGAAUGAUGAAAGCUAUUCAUCCCUCCUUUCACAGCGCGAAACAUUUUGCCACCAUUGCGGUGAAUCGACAACACUACAUCCUUCGCUCCACAUCACUCGUCAAUUGCUCUCGAUUCACGACAUACGGGAAGGAUCGUCCGCUACAGCUUCAAACAUGACAAGCAUUCACAGGCUCCCAGGUGCUUUUGACCACUGUCUGCACCCGGCAGACGGAAUCCAGGGAGGCUAUGGUUCACAGUCAUUGUGCAAUCAAUCCUGGCGGAGGGGAAGCGAUAACAGCAUCGUCGGCGGUAGCAUUUCCCGAGACGCAUGCGCUCAAGAUCUCCUGUGGAAUCUGUCGAGCGCCUUUGCAGAUUUGCCAGAGGUAGACCGAAGAGCAUUCGAGAAUGAUGUCGCCUACUCUUUCGGUCUUGGCUCUCAAGAUCUAUCUUCUUUCGUCCAUCCAACUGUGACCGGUCGAACGCAGGAACAGGUCCCAUCGACAGAUCAUAGACGUCGAAGCACGACGCUGUCUGCUACAGCCAAUGCCCCAAAACUUGAACCUACACAGCCAUGGUACUUGUCUCAACAAGAGACACUGCCUGAAGACGCCUGGCUACGUAAUGGCAGACUCAAAUCGAGAUACGUCAGCGACAUAUCAAGUAGACAAGCGUUUGACCCAUAUUCAAGCGCUGCACUUGCGUCUGGACACAGUUACACGUCGAACGUGCUGCCUGAUCGAUGCUUCGAUCAGGAGGGGAACUUGAGACCUGGCUUUGCUGAGGCUAUUGGGAAUAGGGGAGCCUAAGCCUCACACGACCAAGAUACCCAUCGACUUUGCCAUCUGACUGUGGCGGCGCCACCUGUUCUCAUAUCUUUGUUAUGGUAUUUUGCUCUUCAUGCGGGAUCGACGUAGGUCAUGC